ACAUAUGCAUCUGUUUACUAUGCGUCUGUUGUGCUACAACGUGCCCACCUCAUCGUCCUGUGUAAAUCCUUUUACUAAAACCCAACUCGAAUUCCAAAAAUCACGCGAAAUCAAUGAGUUAUUUAUGCAGUAUUGUUGUCACUCGUUUGCUUCUAUUAGUCGUAUUCUCACUCUCUCUGACCGCUUCAAACGCCAAUUCUUUCGAAUCGUUCCUCCAGCUCCCGCGAAGACCUCUGCGUUCGACCCGAACCCGACCCAGAUCCGAACGGCUCCUCCACGUUGGCCAUUUCGGAGCAAAAGGCAAUGGCUUCACCGACGACACUAAAGCGUUCGAAGAUGCUUGGAAGACAGCAUGUUCGUCUAAAGGCAAAACCAGAGUCUUGGUCCCAGAAAACUACACGUCUCUUGUUCGUCCCAUUGAUCUCUCUGGUCCUUGUAAAGCUAGACUCACUCUCCAGAUCUCUGGUACAAUCAUUGCUCCUGAUGACCCUGAUGCUUGGGAAGGUCUAAACCCUCGGAAAUGGCUAUACUUCCACAGCGUGAGCCGCUUUACGGUUGAAGGAGGCGGCACUGUUAAUGGAAUGGGUCAAGAAUGGUGGAGAAGAUCUUGCAAACACAAUCAUUCCAAUGUAAAGUUUGCCUCUUUUGUUCUCUCUUGGCUUCAGAUAUCUAAGGCGUUAACAUUCCACAAAUGCAAGAAUAUGAGAGUUGAAAACCUCAGUGUGAUCGAUAGUCAGCAAAUGCACAUUGCCUUCACCAGCUGUCGCCGUGUCACCGUCUCUGCUCUUAAGGUCAUAGCUCCUGGCAGUAGUCCCAACACAGAUGGAAUCCACAUAAGCGCCUCUCGUGGUAUUGUGGUAGACAACUCCACAGUCAGUACAGGGGAUGAUUGUGUUUCCAUAGUGAAAAACUCGUCACAGAUCUCCAUCAGCAACAUUAUAUGUGGCCCUGGCCAUGGCAUAAGCAUUGGAAGCAUAGGAAAAUCGAAAUCUUGGGAAGAAGUGAAAGACGUAACGGUUGAUACGGCCUUCAUCUCUGACACUGCGAAUGGUGUUCGGAUCAAAACAUGGCAGGGAGGAAGUGGUUUGGUCUCAAAAAUCAUCUUUAGGAACAUCAACAUGAACAAUGUGUCGAACCCCAUUAUCAUCGACCAGUAUUACUGCGAUUCAAAGAAACCCUGUGCGAAUCAGACAUCAGCUGUUAGCAUCGAGAAAAUAUCAUUUGUUAAUGUGCAUGGAACCUCAGCAACGAAACAAGCGAUCAAGAUCUCUUGCAGUGAUGCUAUGCCGUGUCGCGACAUAGUUCUACAAGACAUUGAUCUUGAACCAUCAAAGGGUGAUGGUUACACAGAGUCCUUCUGUUGGGAAGCGUAUGGUUCGAGUUCGGGUCAAGUGUACCCUCCUUCAUGCCUUUCAGGUGACGAAAGCUUCUUGGAACAGUCGGUUCGGUCUGGGAUCAUUACAUCUGUAUCAUACCUCUGAAAACACGUUUUUUAGAUUGUAAGAUUUACCACGCAUAUUGAAUAUCAUGUUUUAGCAAACUAUAUCCCAUUAUCGUCGAGUUGUAAGCAAAUUAUAGCUCACAGUUGUUGGGGAGAUCAUAGUUUAUUGACAAGAGAGACCUAUUACAUGAAAAACAAGGUCAAAACUUUGGGAUCA